UGCACUUAACGAAAAUGUUACACGUGCCUUGCGAGGUCGGAUUUGUUUCUGCUUUAGAAAGCGAAUUCGUGCUGGCUACGCCCAAACACUGUGCCCCAGCGUGCAUGAAGAGAGACCUUUUGAGGUUGAAUCUAGAAAUAAAAAUGUUCUUAUCUUGUGUCAGAUCCCUCAGAUUCACGUUUAUCACAUUUUAGAUUCUUUUGUAUUAUUUCCGUCUUAUUCGUGUCUAAAUAAGGCUCUUAGUGCCACUUGCCACCCUUUCGGUCUAAGGCGGGCCACAGCUGGUGCUGUGUACUGACUUCCAUAUAUUCUCAGAUGCCACCUCAUUAUUUGCAUUUACCUUUUGCAGAAUGACGGGCAUGUUCGCGUAUCCCACCUUCCUUCUCUGCACAUCGACAGGAGAUGCAGCCCAGGAGAAGUGCAUUAAAACAAACUCUCGCUCUCAAAGACUUGUGCGUCCUAGGAGCAAAGCGAGGAUGUGCGCCUUCAGUAGCCACAGCAGAUUGAUAAACACGGAGAGGAAUCACAUGCAAAAGGGGCCAUGUGUUGGAUCAGUGUUUGGUGCUCACUGUCACAUGCAGGCUGCAAAAGCUACUGUAUGUGGCUCCUGGCUCUCAGAACGAAACAAGCAGCGCCCCCUGCUGUCCCAUAAUGAAACCUCACAGUGGCACCGGCACACACAGUUAAAGCUCAUGGGCCCAGUGGGGUUGGCAUUAAAGGUUUUAAUGGAGCAGUCUCCAGAGAGGAGCCCCUUUGAUACCCAUGGCAAUGAUAAGCAAGCAUUGACUGCCUACCAUUGGAUCCCCAUGGCAGAUGGCAAGUGUGGCUCCUGCAACAACACAUUUCUUUAUCCCCUUGGGAUGCUGUCUGCCAGCGAUGUGGCUUUCAACCGCCACAGAGAACAUCUUUUGAAACAGCCAGGAGACCUAAUGAAGUCACAGAGUGGCACAAUUAUUUCCCAAAGAAGGAGCAUUAAUGUACUUCAAAAUUCCCUCUGGAGAAGCAUGAUGACAAUUGGUUUGUACAGCUUUGAUCGCUGCUUUAAAUUCUGCCCAAGAUAAACUGCAGGGUUA